CUGCUCGUGGCGCAAGUUACCAUCAUCGGCACCGGAUUGAUCGGCACCUCCUUGGGGUUGGCCCUGCGUAAUUCCACCCUGCGCGACCUCACCGUCAUCGGCACCGACGCCGACAGCGCGGCCCGCUCCGGCGCCCAGCGGCGAGAUGCCUUCCACCGCGUGGAAGGUCGCUUGGGCAACGCCAUCGCCGAAGCCGACAUCAUCGUUCUCGCCACGCCGGUCCUCGCCAUGCGCGAGCUCAUGGAGGGCAUGUCCGACUACCUCCCCGAGGGAUGCGUCGUCACCGACGUGGGCAGCACCAAGACCCAGGUCCUGCAAUGGGCCGACGAGUUCCUGCCCGACUCCGUGGACUUCGUGGGCGGACAUCCCAUGGCCGGCCGCGAAACCCCAGGCCCCGAGAACGCCGACGGCACCCUCUUCUCCGGCAAGCCCUACUGCGUCAUCCCCAGUCCCCGGGCCAGCCAGCGCGCCGUGGGGGAGGUGUCCACCCUGGCCGAGGCCGUGGGCGGCGUCCCCUACUUCAUCAGCGUCGACGAGCACGACAGCUUCGUCGCCGCCGUGAGCCAUCUGCCCUUCGUCCUGUCCACCGCCCUGAUCGGCUGCACCAGCAAGUCCGCCAACUGGUCAGACAUCGGACAGCUUGCCUCCUCAGGCUACCGCGACAUCACCCGCCUCGCCUCCGGCGACCCUGUGAUGCACCGCGACAUCUGCAUCAGCAACGCCCAACCCAUCGUCGCCUGGAUUGACGCCUUUAUUCGGGAGCUCUACGAAUACCGUAAGCUCCUGGAUACCGACGGCGACCUACCCGACACCGCCGCCGUCGGUACUGUUUUUGAGGAUGCCCGCCUGGCCCGCAACCGGUGGAUGGCCGGGGAUGUCAACCCCCGCGCCCAGGAACUGCAGAACAUUCCCGAGUAUCCGACGUUCAGCCAAUCCAUGGGUCAGAUGUUCAUGGGUGGGUGGGCCGACCGUGCCCGCCGCAUGAUGAUGGGUGGCGAGCCGCCCAAAAGCCGGCGCGGCAAUGACCGCGACUCCGGCACGCCCCGGCGGUAA